ACGCUGCACUGCUGGCGGAGGAAAUGGCGUCCGUCAGAUGCAGAGGAGUUUACAGUUGCCAACCUGUCAAGUCUCCUCGAAGCUGACACGUAAGAAAUGUCACAGCCUCUCACCGUACCAGGCUCAGCGGGCACAGAAAUAUGUUUUUAAGCGCAGAGAGACGCAGCUUGUGUCGGAUGUUGAAGACGUAACAGGAACUCCAGACUCUGACCUUUGGGAGCGUUGCUGGUACUGUAGACCCCUUGCAGAGAAAUGGCCAAUGAGCAGAAACACAGCAGGGCAGAAACAUUUGUGCUGGCUGGAUCAAAUGGUCACAAUGGCCAACAGUGGCAGACUGGUCUGAGUAACUCGGUCGGUCAUCCUCCAGGCACGAACCACAUGUCGAGGAUGGCCCGCGUUGCUUCAGAUGUGAGACAUAAGUGUGCGGCCUACGUGCUCGCACUGAGACCAUGGAGCUUCAGUGCCUCGCUCACACCAGUGGCCCUCGGCAGCGCCUUGGCGUACAAACUGGACGGAUCUGUGGACUUGGUCAUCCUGAUGGUGUGCGCGGUGACUGUCCUCGUUGUCCACGGGGCAGGCAACCUUGUGAACACCUACUAUGACUUCUCCAAAGGGAUUGACCACAAGAAGAGCGACGACAGGACUCUUGUGGAUGAAAUCUUGGCACCGCAGGAUGUUGUAAUGUUUGGAGCGCUGUUAUAUUCUUUGGGGUGCUUGUGUGCCACUCUGCUCUAUUUCCUGUCUACACUUAGACUGGAGCACCUAGCCCUUAUUUACUUUGGGGGACUGUCCAGCUCUUUUUUAUACACUGGAGGCAUCGGCCUUAAAUACGUGGCCCUAGGAGACGUGGUAAUCCUCAUCACAUUCGGCCCGCUGGCGGUCAUGUUUUCCCACGCGGUGCAGGUCGGCUACCUGUCAGCGCUGCCGCUGGUCUACGCCGUCCCGCUGGCCCUCAACACAGAAGCCAUCCUCCACAGCAACAACACCAGAGACAUGGACUCUGACAAGCAGGCAGGCAUCGUCACCCUGGCCAUCCUCAUAGGCCCUACGCUGUCCUACGUCCUCUACAACCUCCUGCUCUUCGUCCCCUACGUGCUCUUCUGCAUCCUCGCUACCCGUUACACCAUCAGCAUGGCGCUGCCUCUCCUCACGCUGCCCAUGGCCUUCCCCCUGGAGAAGCAGUUCCGCAGCCGAUGCUACGCCAAGAUCCCCCAGAAGACGGCCAAGCUCAACCUCCUCAUGGGACUUUUCUACGUGUUUGGGAUAAUUCUGGCACCUCCUGGCAGCUUGCCGUCACUGUGAUUAAUUAGCUUUGAUAUUUCAAAAUUUUGUUUUAAUACAAACUAGUUUUAUGUACCUCUUUGUAUUUGUACGAAGCAAUCUGAGGGCUUUCACCGGCUUUAAUUUAUUGUCAUAUUUAUAUGUUGAACAGAGAUUUAGAUGAGGUCCUGCUCUGUGACACUGAAGGCAUAAUCAGGUGUUUUUUUCUCAGUAUUAAACCUGCUGUAGUAUGUUGGCAAAGGGAAGAAGUGUUGGUGUUAUUUUGUAGAGGUAGGCAACAUUUUCAUCAUCUAAGGACUGACCACAAACCUACAGUUGCCAUAUUUGUUCUUUAAGACAUAACACUGAUACCUAAAAGCAUAAAUAAACCAUUAUUCUCAUA